CGGUGAUCGUAGCCUCUGGUCGUAUGUGCUCGAGUUUGGGGCGCUGUUCGUUUUGAUCCCGCUCGCUCUAAUUUACGUCACCCACAAAGCUUGGGGUCGCGGCCAUGGCGGGAGAUCACCGUGGUUUUCCCGUUCUUUGCCUCUUCUUUUUCUGGAUCUUGACUCUACCCUCGAUUUCGCUUGCUUACAGGCCAGGAGAUAUCGUUCCGAUGGGCAAGGCGGGACAGUACCAUGGGUCAAGAACCGUCUGGCACGAUGUCAUUGGCCGCCACUGCCCUAUUUUUGCCGUCAAUCGGGAGGCGUUGAUUCCUAUACCAAAACCUGAUGGUUUCACUGGUGCCGAUCCUUACAAGAUAUCUUUUCAAGUUGGUCAUGAGAAAUUUUAUGUUCCAUGGCUUUUUGUUAUAAACCGAAAAAGCUCCGAAGUUCCAAUGAUUGAUUUCCAUUUGAGGUACUCUGGGAAUGAUUUGCAUGGUGUCAUGGCUAAAGUUGUGGAUAUGCCUCAUCAUUAUGUUGAGGUUCAUGAAGACAUUCGCAAGAACUUUUGGGAUCCAAAUCAUUGGCCCAAGCAUGUACUUGUCAGAUAUACAUGGGAGGAGCGCUCAGAGAUAGAUGUCUCAGGGGGAUUUUAUGUAAUGUUUGGAUCAGGUCUCCUUCUUUCCUUCAUUCUUGCAGUUUAUGUCUUGCAAUCAUCUCAAGACAAGCUUGCAAGGUUUGUGAGGGAGACUGUUGCAGAAGGCAGUAUCCCUGGAGGAGUGGCAAAGGUUGAAUGAUCUUCUGUUUCUGAGAAAAACUGUGGAUGUUGAUCAAUCUUUUCUGCAAAUCUCGAAAACCUCUUGAUUGUUGAAUGCUUGGAAUCACGUUGCAGAACUUAGAAGACAGGACAAUCAGAAUAGCAGCACAGCCAUUAUCAGACAAUUCAAUGAUCGCAUCUAUUACGGUGACAUUUUCAAAGACCAGCCAUGUACCAAACAGUUUUCUGAACAACAAUGUGAUGUUGUACCAUAGGUCAAUACCAAUGCUGAGUUGCUAACAAAGACUCAAGCUUGUGGAUUGGAGGGUCAAUUUUUUUUUCUGAUUUUCUUUUGAUCAAGAAUGGAUAUUCUCUUUAAAUAAAUGCAACCAAGGGAAGAACUAUCAGGUCAAAA